AGAAAGUCCGACUCGGUGGAUUUGUUGCUUUUCAAGACUCUUUGAUCAUCACGUUUCAUGGACAGGGAAAGCUCUGCUGGUGAAAGCUAUUACUAGUAUAAUCAAUAUUUGUAGAGUUUCGAAGUUGGAAAAGAAGUUGGGAGAGAAAUCGGUUCGUGGAGUCUCUGGCCGUGUGAUGGUGGAAGACCUGUCAAUCCAGCAGCGCUGCUUGGGUCAAUUCCCCUGAAGUUUAGGUGGUGACACCUCUUGACGGCAUGAAUGUCUCCAUCGUGUCGUCUCUGUGUCAUGGUCAGCAAUUGCCGAGAAGAUGAUGUCCAAAUCUGCAGCUCAUCGCACUAAAUCUAGAUCUCACUCCUUGCAAUUCAAGUCGUCCACGGUGGAUCUUGAACAGCAGCAGGACAAUGAUGAGGAUGAUGAUCUUCCUUCCGUGGCUGUGUCCCAGAGCGACUCAGAUAUUAUGGACUCAACAGGCAGGGCCAGUGACGGUGCGAAUGAAUCUGGGAAUGAAUCUUUGGUGGCUGGGGCCCCUCUGACUAUGAGCAAUGGCGAAAUUAGUGCGGCGAAAAAGAAAGGGAAGGGAAGAUCGCGGUCAGCUUCGAUAUGGAACUAUCGCAAUAACGGACAACAUGGCAGUCUUUCGAAGGAUAGACAAUCGCUGAUGGCUGAACAACGAGCAGCAGCUGAAGACCGUUUACAGAAGUCGAUCAACAAGAUUAUGGCACUGGAGGAGCAUGAAAUCGAGUCCGAAGCCGAGAAGACUUACGACGAAAUGAAUUUGUCGGAGGAAAUUCGAGAGGGCCUCCGUGCCCAGAACAUUGCAGAGAAACGCGACUUGCUCGUCAAGUUUGCAAAGAUUGGUGCGACGACAAAUUCAGCUGGUCCCAAUACUCCUGGCGAGUUUGUGGAGAUGCUGAAAAGUGGUAACCCAGAUGCCCUGUUGCAGACUGUCCAGCAGCUGAAAAUCACACUUGCCAAUAAGUCCGUUAUCUGGGCAAAGGAGUUCGGCGAAUGUAGUGGACUGAAAGCAAUAUUAAGUGUGCUGGACAGUACUCAAAAUGUCAGAAGAAUAGCAAGUGAUAAGCUGGACAUGCACCUGAAGCUGGAGUAUGCCUGUGUACGCUGCAUCAAAGCCUUGGUCAACAACAGAUAUGGCUUGAAGCUGAUUCUGGAUGAUGAUGAGGGCUUGGCAAUGCUGGCAAGGUCGCUGGAUCCCAAUGAGCCUGGUCUUAUGAUAGAGGUCAUCAGUGUCAUGGCAGCGCUGGCUAUUGUUCCACCGAUUGGGCAUGACAAAGCUCUCGAAGCAUUGACUCUCUUAGGAGAGCAGGAUACGGUUGGAAGGUUUGAUGUUCUGAUUGACGCAUUACGCCUGGAAAAUACGGAUUCUCGGAAAAAGAGUGCAUUACAGUUAUCCUGUCUGCAGUUCAUCAACGCUAUUGUGACACUUCCGGAUGACUUGGACAUGCGUGUGCACCUGCGCUGUGAGGUGUUGCGUGCUGGUUUGAACACCGUCAUUCUGGAAAUGAACUCAGAGGAAUUGACUGAUAAUGUGGCUGUGCAACUUGAAGUCUGGGAUUAUCACAAAGAAGAAGACAUGAUGGAACUGCAACAGCGUACCCAGGAUGUUCGUGCUGAAAUGGAUGACCCGUAUGAGCUCUUUAACCUUCUCAUGUUGAUCCUUAGUGAUGGACCAGGGUACCCGUUCUUCUUAUCUUUGCUUCAACACCUUGUGCUAGUUCGCGAUGAUGACUAUUCCCGGACAGAGUAUCUUAGAUUGAUUGAUGAGUGUGUAUCGCAGAUUGUUCUUCAUCAGGGUGGUGUCGAUCCUGACUUUGCUACUCGUCGAUUCCAUAUUGAUGUUGACCCUCUUAUUGAAGGCAUGGUGGACAAAGCACAAGUUGAGGAUGCAAUCGCAGAGGCAGAGCAUCUACGUGAACUUAUGGAUGAGCAGAUCGAAGCUGCAAAGGAUAAGGAAACGUACUGGGCAGAGCGUGUGGAUGAGCUUCACGUAGAUCUAGGUCUGAAAGAGACACAGAGAAUCAAGGAGGUCGAUGCGCUGAACACCAAGAUUCAGGAGAUGUUGAAGAAAGGCGUUCAAGCUCAGGGUGGCGCAGCAGCACCAUCUUCUGAUAAUAAGACUGCAGACAAGACAGAAGCAGCGAAAGAGCCUGAGAAGGCAACGGCACCAGCACCUCCGCCACCUCCGCCUCCGCCACCAUCAAACGCUGCAGGACCACCUCCACCGCCACCGCCACCUGGAGCUGCAGGUGGCCCCCCGCCUCCCCCUCCACCUCCUGGUAUGGGUGGUCCACCAGGUCCACCCGGUCCACCUCCUCCCCCGGGUGGUAUGCCAGGUGCGCCGCCUCCACCGCCAUCCCUCGGCCUUCACAAUCCACUGGGUGCUCGCAAGUCGAAUGCUGGAAAGAAGAAAUAUACACAGCUUAUUCAGUUGAAGCGUUUGAACUGGAACAAGAUCCAAACUCGUCAGCUUAAGACAGAUUCGUUCUGGAGUACUUGUCGUGAAGACAAGUUUGAAAGUGACGUGCUAUUCAGAAAACUGGAGUCGGCAUUUGCUGCAAAGAGCCCAAAGAAGGAGAAGACACAAGGUGAUGGUGGAGAAGCUGCAGCACCACAAGCAUCCAAGAAGACGAAAGUGCUGCGUGUCCUCGAUCCUAAGUCAUCACAGAACCUGUCUAUUAUGCUGGGCUCACUUAAAAUGCCCUUUGAUGAGAUUCGGCUGCGGAUUCUACGUUGUGAUGGUGGCUUGGAGCCAGAGUCUAUCCAGGCUAUUCAGAAAUACCUACCUCCGGCUGACAAGCUGAAAGAAAUCACACACUAUCGCCAUAGCUACAGUGAAUUGGCAGAGUCGGAGCAGUUCUGUCUGACGGUGGGAACAAUAUUCCGCUUGGAGAGAAGAUUGGAUGCAAUGGUGACACAGUUCCGGUUCCAAGAGGAGAUUGAGGAUGUUAAGCCGAACAUUGACCUUCUGAUUUCCGCCUGUCAAGAGAUGCGCUCAACACGCUUCCGCAGCGUUCUGGAGCUUGUACUGCUGGUUGGUAACUACAUGAAUGCUGGCUCUCGUAAUCAGCAAUCCUACGGAUUUGAGCUGAACUUCCUAACCAAGCUAAGAAACACGAAGACCACUGAUAACAAGAAGACGUUGAUGCACUUCUUCGCAGAUCUAAUCCACACUGAACACCCGGAGCUGGCAUCAUUUGUCGAGGACAUGUCAAGCUGUGGAAAGGCAGCACGAGUAUCUGAAGAAACGAUAUCCAAGACACUAAAUCAGCUUCAGAAGAGUAUCAAUAAAGUAUCAGAGGAGCUGCGUCACCAUGAAAUCGCCAAAGAAAAGGAGGACUUCUUCUACAAACAUAUGUUUGAAUUUGUCAACAAGGCCAACUCCAUGCUCAAGUCGUAUACUGUUCAGUUUGCCAAGCUUCAAGAUCUGAUCAAGAGCUUGGCUGGAUAUUACUGUCUGGAUUUGAAGAAAGCUCCUAUUGAGGAAAUCUUCUCCGAUAUAUCUACGUUCCUGGACAAUUUCAAGGAUGCUAUGACUGACAAUAAGAAAGAAAAAGAGCUGGAAGAGAAGAGGAAGCGUGCCAAGGAACGAGAGGAGCGUGGCAAGGCAAAACGAACAGCGGCUGCUCAAGACAAAAUGGAGAAGAUGAAGGCAAUAUCGUCAAUGCCGUCUGAUCAAGCUGGAGUAUUGGAUGACUUGAUGGAUGCCCUCAACUCUGGUGCUGCAUUCACCAACUUCAAGCGCACUCGCCCUUCCAAGAAAGGAAGUCGUGUUACUAUGCCGCAAGACAAAGACGGGGAUGAUGUGAGGAAAACUGAGCUUGGAGCGAGCCUUGCUCACCCUAAAGUCGGCGAGAGGUUGUCUAGUGCAUCCAAGCCUCGUGCUAAGAAAGCUUUCUCACUACGCCGUGAGCGCAAGGCUGACAUACCACCAUGAUCAGCUGGACCAGGACUGUCCGAGUACGGUAAUUUUAUUUUCAGUGAAAUUGCAAUGGGGAUGGCAGGGGUGUAAGUGUUCACCGCCGCCAGUUAUGGCUCUUCUAUUCGUGCAGCGGACCCUUACACAUACGGGUGCAUGGAAUUCAAUGACAUUGUGAGGAAGGGGAGCUACACGAUCUUCCACAACAUUCCUUCCCUGUAGAUAUGGUAGCUUCCAUGUGGCUUACUCGACACCAUCAACUGUGAGGAACCAAACACCACGCCAUCCCCGACACACUCCUCAAUAUCUAGCGAACCACCCAGAAUCAUGACAUGCUAGCGGUACAAUCUUUUUUCUGCUUUUAAUACUCCUGAGGCCGUCUGCCAUUUUUACUGUUUUCUACGUUUCCAUGACUCCUCAUAAUCUUCUGCUUCACUGCCCAGAACAUGUCUUCUCUAUCUUUUUGAAAUGUUACUACUUUCUGCUGUCAUCUAGCUGUGCUGCUGCUGCUGCUGUAAAUUAUUUUCCCGGUUUACUUCUGCUAAUUAGUCUUGUUUUAUAUUAUUGGUAGGCAGAGAAAAUUCAUGACACAUUAGGUACCUUGUCUGUUCUCCCGAAUCCUGUUGUCUGCUACUACCUACAAGUACGUUGUAUAUGCUGUUGUCUUGCGUAGAUCGUGAAACAGCUAUUCUCUCGCUUAUCAUCAUCAUUCAUCACACACAACCAUUCUGCAUCUUUCUGCCUAUUUUGGAACUCAUCUACAGUUGCCGUCUAAGGAAUCUACAUCCAGUACUAAUGAAUAUUGUCCACGCUGAAAAGUAUGGUUUUCUUUAAAAAAUAUC